GGAGUAUGCAAUCUGGCUCCCAUCGCUCUGAUCUCAGAAGAUCUCCAACCCCAUCCCAGUAUUCCGCUUUUAACUCCUCCACCAUGUCGUCCCAAAAUUCUGGCGGUUCCGCGAGAAGCCCUCGGCAGCGCAACAAAACUAGUGUAGGUCCCACCCCCCCCCCCCCCCCCUCGCCUCCCGCUUCUGCGUUUCAGCUUAGGCAUUCGCCCAUUUGUGCUCGCUCUUUGUUCGCUCGCUGCUCAGCGAGUGCCUUUAUGCCGAGGCAUCCGUGACAUAUCUUGCUGACUGCGGUUAAAGCCCUCCCAGUAUCUAACCACCAUUGAGAAGUCUGUAACUCAGCUUCUCAUUGCAACUAAACAGCUGCUUGAAACCCUCACUGCCUGGUCGCGGCAGCAGGCCACCGAGGCUGAGGUAUCCGAUGUUUACGUUCGUCUCGGUUCCGAGUUUAAUCUAGCAUGUCGAGCAUUCACGGCCAUAGGCGUUGAGACGGCAGACCUUGGAAAUGUCCCGGAUUCUUUAAGAACGAUACUGGAGAGCACCCUGAGUCAGGAUGCUAGUCCGCAAAGCUUGGAUGUUUAUUUGCCGCGGAUUAGAGAAAUCAUCAUCAAUCUUCUGCAUGGGCUUAAACGGAAACAGCAAAAACUGCGACAGAAGAAUACAAGAGAAUCCGGUGGAUCCUCCGGGGGUCCGCCUUCCGAGGGAGGGCUUCCAUCUCAACCAGUGCCCCCCGCCAGGACAAGAAGCGGCGAUUCCUUGGAGGAGGUUGCUCCUCCACGUUCUUCGUCUCUUCCCAGUGGGGGACAAAACCAGAGGGGCACUUCGCCGAUACCCCCGUACCCCACUUCGGGGAGGGGGGGUUCUACGUCUGCAACGUCUUCCAUGCGAAAUUCUCAGAACCACAACGCGUCUAUCAGUUCAAAUCUAGCUUCGCCACCCAUAACGAACGAUUCAGUAGGUGCUUACAAGAGCCCCACAACCAAUGGACCACAUGUCCCUAUGCCGGCCGUCCCCGCCCAAACCCUCGUUCCUCCGCCUCCACCGCCCCCACCGCCCGCUCAGGAUGCUCUCGCCGCCUUGCAGCGGGAAGACCCUCUUCAGAGAAGGGCUUCUCGUCGCUAUUCAGCGUACCAAAUCGCGAAGCUCACGGGGACUUCGCCAGCUGGUGUGCCAAUGCUGCCUUCCAAUCCUUCUGCAGUCCCUCGAAAUCAGGAAUCAAAGGAAUCACUGGACGCUGUUAGAGUAAGGCGCUCUUAUCAACCAAAGUCGGUCCGGAGCGAUGAGACUUCGCCAAUGAGAAACGCAAACCGUAUAUCAGAAGAGCGGGAAACCGACCCUUCAUCGCCAGUCGUUAGGGAAAUUGAGAAGGAGGCGCCAGCUGUUCCUGCGAAAGACAACGAGGCCAUCAGGGGAAAGCCCGCAAUUAAAGUUGAUACGGGCGCGUCUCCUCCCCCGGCGCCCCAGAAAGAUGAAACAAAGGCCGUGUCUCCUACCAAGGCUGUUUCGGGUACGAUUCAAACGGGCUCACGGAAGCCUGGCAGCAGGCGAGAUUCUAGCCCAUCACAGGGCAAAGAUCUCACUCUUUUUCUUCAACUUGGCCGCUCCAUAAAAAAGGUAUACCUUGCCGAUGGUUUGGAUGAGCUAUCAAUUACCUCUCUUCGGCUACUAUUUAUAUCGAAAUUCAAUUAUAACCCACCUUCAGGGGAGGAUUUCCCGGAAAUCUAUCUACAGGAUCCGGUAUCCGGUGUGCGGUAUGAGCUUGAGGACACCAGGGACGUUAAGGAUAGGGCAGUAUUGUGCUUGAAUAUUGAGGUUUUGGACGAAGUCAAAAGACAUAUCGAUGAUGGAAUGGGCAGCCUCAAAAAAUUGGUAGAGGGAUUGCAGGGAUCGGUUGGUGGCCAAAGACUUCAAAUCCAGAGAGUGGCCGAGAGACAGGAAGAGGCGGCCAAGAAGAUAGCAGAACUCUCAGUCGCCCCUCCCGUGGCAACCCCGAUUCUCAUGUCGCAACCUCAAUUGCCGCCGAGCCCCUCGUCGGCAUCUCCGGCAAUGCAGGACAAUACCGUGCAGCUUGGCGAAAUCCGGGACCUUCGAAAGGAUUUGGCAGUCCUCCGACAGAUUUAUUCCACUUUUGUUGCCGAUAUCAACGCUUCAAUGUCCACCAUCAAGACCAAGGCUAGUUCGGUGAAGGCGGUGGCUAGUAAUCCCACACUCGGUCCAAAUGAGGGCCGUGCCUACGUUGAAGCCGGCAAGAAGACCUUGGCCAGUGAUGCGGAUGCUUUAGUUAAUCGCGUUGACGACCUUCAGGAUACGGUCGAAGAUCUGCGGAAGGACGUGGUCCAACGAGGUGUCCGCCCUUUGGCACGCAAUCUGAACCAAGUGAAGAAGGAAAUCGCGCAAGCCAGAACGGAGCUCAAAAAGAUGGCCGAAUAUAUUAAAAGAGAGAAGCCUGUUUUUCGCAAGGUCUGGGAGAAGGAAGUCGAACUCGUCUGUCAGGAACAAGAUUUCUUCAACAUGCAAGAGAACCUUAUCGAGGACCUACAGGACGAUCUUGACAAGGCAGGCCAGACAUUCCAGCUGGUUGAGCAAUGCACGGAGACACAAUUCAAGGCCAAUGGGGCGGGCGGAGCCAUGAGAUCCGCUAGUAGGGGCUUCCCAAUGGGAAUGGUUCAUCCGGAUGAUCAGCUUAACCCUACCGAAGCUAAAGAUAGUGUGCUUAGUGAGGUGCGCGCUCUACAGCCAAAUCACGAGGGCAGAUUGGAGGCAAUUGAGAGGGCGGAAAAGGCCAGACAGAAGGAGUUGGAAGGCAGAGUUCCCGAAUUCCAGAAGGAACUCGGGGAGUUCGUGGAGGAGGGCAAACUUAAGAAGGCAGGGGGUGUGGACGAAGUGGAGAGAUUAAGGAUGGCUAGGGACGAGAAGAUCCGCAGGGAAGUGUGGGAGCUGAAAAAACAGAUGGAAGAAGCGGAGGCCCGUGCCGAAACCGAAGAAUCCGACGAUGAGGAGGAAGAGAGUAGCGAUGAAGAUGAGGGAGCAGCUGAUGGGGGAGUAUGA